CCUGUAACUCCCUGUGAGUCAGACUCAGACAAGCAGAGGAGCAGCGUAGCUCCAGACAGAAACGAAUCAAAGCAACACGAAGCAGGCACAGGCGAGGGUGGUGGUGGUGUGAGGGUGCAGACGCAUGAAGCUGCAGACAGGGAGCGGGGCCUGCAGAGGAUCCCCCUCAUGCCCCGUGAACGAGGCGACAAAAUAAUAUCACGUGAUCCAAAAUGGGCAGUCCUCUGACGGGGCUGAAAAAAGCCAUUUUCUGGCGCUGCUGCAAAUUCUGCCCAAGUCCAGAUAAUUGAUCCGGAUCGUGAGUGGGAGCAGAGCGGAGCUUCAUGUCGGAUCAGAUCUGCCCUGAUGGAUAAAAUGCAGCCCAACCGGGUUAAAAUCACAGAUGUGAACCCACACCUCACAUGUCCACUGUGCGCUGGUUACUUGAUCGAUGCUACAACCAUCGUAGAGUGUCUGCACUCCUUUUGUAAAACAUGCAUCGUUGCCUUCUUGGAGACAAAUAAGUUCUGUCCUCGAUGUGACGUCCAGGUCCACAAGACGUGUCCACAGCUCAGCAUCAGAGCGGACAAAACUCUUCAAGAUAUUGUAUAUAAGCUUGUUCCGGGGUUAUUCAAAGAUGAGAUGAAACGGAGGCGAGACUUCUACGCAGAGAACCGUGUGCUGGAACCAGGGGAAGUGGUGGAGACGUUUAACAUAGCGGAGGAUGAAAUCAUCAGUCUGUCCAUACAGUUCUACGAGAGGAACAAAAACAAUGAGAUGCAGCGUGCAGAGAUGGAGGGAGACAAGUCCAAUGGUAAACGCUUCCUGCAGUGCCCGGCAGCCAUGUCCGUCAUGCACUUAGCAAAGUUCCUGCGGAGCAAGAUGGACAUUCCCAACAACUAUCGGGUGGAGGUGUUGUACGGGGACGAGCCUUUGAAGGACUACUACACACUCAUGGAUAUUGCCUACUUCUAUGAGUGGAGACGGACUGGACCCAUCCCCUUGCAGUAUCUGGUCAAACCCAACCGGAAGCGCAGGAGGCCGUCCCAGUCUGCCGCUCAGGGACACUCUGACGGCGUCAACACAAGUCCGACGUCUGAGAGCGACUCCCAGAGUGACAAGGUUCACAGUCCCGCUGCAGCCCCGCCCCCCCGAGCCUCCUCGCAGUCCAGCCCCACCUCCCACAACCCCUCUCCUGCCAUCCAAAGCUCCAACGGUACCUCUGUGCCCAACAACACUCAACGACACACUCUCGCAUCCAAACAGGGCGCCAGCGCUCGCAAGGUGACUGUCAAUGGCACAAGCUCCGGAUCUGGAAAAGAGGAGGCGAGGGGAGGGGACAAAAGCGGUUUGCCCCCGGCUACCUAACGUGUGUACGGGGCAUCGGGGAGGACAGUGUUUGAAUUGCUCCCUUCUUUUUUUCUUCAGAGCAAAAGAAGGAGCUUGAGUUCUCCUUCUGGACAAAUGGGGGCCAGAUUACUGUUAUCACCUUUCAACAGCAAAGACUGAGAGUGCAGCCAAAUAGACACUUGUAUGUAUGUGCGUGUGUGUGUGCGUGUGUGUUUAUGUGUGUUAGACUAGAACAGUGCACACAUACAAACUGUACAGUAUGUAUCAAAUGUGAGCAUGUGUGCAUACAUAUGUAUAAACUUAUCUUUUAUACAAGAUAUUGUAAUCGUUUUGUAUUGUAUAUGCUGUGGGUCUGAUUCAUUU